UUCAAGUACUUAGUUCCCUUCAUCGCGCGAGAGUUUCAAUCCCAUCGCUAUUAAAAGGAAGAAGCGAGCGCUCCUGAUGCUCUCGUAGUGACACCUAAAAUAAACCUCAUUUAACAAGAGAAGAAAACGAGAUCGUGCGUAGACGUUGCGUACAAGAACAGCCUCGUGGCGAUGGAGAGGCUCAGUCGAUGUGUCUCCAUGCUCUUCGAUGUUGUGCUGCGUUUCGAGAAGAGGUAUCGCAGGGGCGGAUCUAGGAUCCCCCUACGAUCACUGCUCAUCAAAAGAGCGACCUGUCGGCUUGGAAAAAGUAGUAGAAUCCGGACAAUUUCGUGAACCAGAUGUGCCGCCCAUCCUUCUCCCGUGCGCGAUAUGCGCACGGACAUUUAUGCCUCAGUCGUUGGAGAAGCACGCGAGGAUCUGCGAGCGGUCGGCGAACAAGAAGAGGAAACCAUUCGACUCGGCCAAACAGAGGAUCCAGGGCACCGAGCUGGCCGAAUUCUUGCCCAGGCAAGAGAAGAAGCGACGAUCGCCGGAAGAGAGAUCCUCCAAGUCUUGGAAGCAGACGCACGAUGAUUUUCUACGGGCCAUCCGCGCGGCUCGCAACGAAAUCGUGGACUCGACCAUGCAAAAGCAAUGCAGCACAACGAUCACAUCGAGCGCGCCAACGCGGGCCAACGAGCAGGGUAUGUGUCCCACGUGCAAUCGUCACUUCGGCGUCAAGGCGUACGACAGGCACGUGGCUUGGUGCAAGGAGAGGAUCGCCCGGGUGCCGGUCAGCCCAGCGACGAACAUCGCCAAGGAACGGCUCGAAGCGCGGAUGAAGUAUCGGGCCCCGGCCGUGAAGAGUCGUCGGCAAGCGACCCGCGAGAAAUAUUCGCCGGGCUCGGCGAUCACUCUCAGCGCUGGGAACAAGAUGUCCCCGGGCUUGGUCCCGAACAAAGCCAAGGAGAGCGCCUCUGCACCCUCAUGCAACAACAAGAGCAACGACAGCCCCGUUAAACAGAAAACCACUCUCGUUAGACGUUCCAAUCCGAUGAAGGAGUCCACCUCGACAAUCCCCCCGAUGAAGUCUCGAUUGCCGGAUCGUACGAAUAGGCAACUCGAAGACGAUGCCGGACCGUCCACUUUUCGUCCUGCUCCCUCCGUUAAAAGAAUCUCCCACCUCCCAGUCCCACCUUUAAAAGCACAUAAGAGAGAAAGUUUCGACGAGUGGAAUAGCAACAAUAACAAUAACACCACCACCGUCCCCCUCCAAUCGCCAAGAUCGUGUAACAAGAGACGAGAAGUAACAAAAAAGUCGCACGUUAAAGCGAGGCAGGACGGUGAGCAGAUGACGACCAGCGGUCAAAAAACAAUGAAGCAGGAGGAGAGGCAUCAACAACAAGCGUUACACUCGGCGAGGUCGUUGAAAAUGAACAUCGUCUCGGCGAGAAGUCAAGGAAAUCCCAAAGUGAACGAUGUCUCGAUCAACGACGACAUCGUGGGCAUCACUGUGAAACCUUGCAACAUAUACGGGAACAAUAAUCAAUUGACCACUUGGAAACAGAUCGCUGAAACGGAUCAGACCAAGAUUCUGAUGAGCAGGCGGUGCGCCGAGGAUCUUCUCCUCCCCCCCACGGGAGACGAGAAACGAGCGACGAGAGCGGAGAACGUUGGAGAAUUCUCGUUGAACAACGGCGAGGACGAGGACGCGUCGAAGGAGAGGGAGGACGGGGCGAGGAAAUUGAGCUCGAGAAGCGAGAGCAUGAAUUGGUCGUCGACCACGACAACGUUGAAUCAAACAUACUCGUUCAGGGAGACAGGGUCCAGGGUAUGCGACGAGCGGCCGACGGCGAGAAGCAGAAGGUGGAGGCCGGUCAGGCACAGCCCCCGCGUUGAAUUCUGCUUGAAAGAGCCGGUCAAAGUGAAUCAGAUCUACGUCUCCUCCCUGUUCUCGGGAGAAACGGGGAAUAAGUGUUACGGGGACCCGUGCGGAAAUUCUUCGACCGAGGAAAGAAGGGGAGGAGAGGAGCGACUCGGUGCGUCGAAACAGGAGAGCAAUCGUUACUUCGAAAAAUCCUCGAAUUUCAACUCCUCGGCGAGGAGUAAUAAUAAAAUAUUCGCGAAGAAAGGAUCGAGAUCGACCGGUGGUUACACGGACGUGGACAACGAGGAGGAGGAAGAGGAGGACGAGGAGGAGGAGGAGGAGUAUUCGGGCAACGACAAUUUCGAUAUUUUAAACUCGCCAUCGAGAAGUUUGCGGGGAAAGAAGGUGGAUAUGGACGGAUCGAGCGCAGGCGCGGCGGCGAAAAGAAGGGGGAAUCCGUUGGACUACGAAGUGGGCGGGGCGAUCGAGACGAACAACGAGGCGAAGGAAAAUUCUUCCCUGUUCGAAGAAAAUUUGAUCGCCUCUAUCUCGUACGAAUUCACCGAUCUGAACGAGUACGAUGAUUUCACUGAAAAGGAACGGGAUAAGAAUCGUACGGAGGAAGGGAACGAGGAGGAGGAGGAGGAGGAGGACGCGAGUCGAUUGUACGACGACGAUCGAACGUCGUACGAGGAUCGAUCGUGCAAGGAGAUGGAUAACUCCUUGAUGGAGGGAAUCGGGAGGAGAAAGAAUUCCGUGGAGAGCGAGAAAACGAACGAGGGAUUGUUCAAGAGCGAGACGAAUUGGAUCGAGAUGGAAACCGAGCCCUCCUUCCUCACCGAGAUCAUACUUCAACCGUCCAGGUCCAGCACCCCGUUCGUAAGUUUCGAGGCUCGUUCCUCGAAGGAGAGAUACGACGAAGGAGAGUACGAAGAGAAUACGAAGGAAAACUCGAUGGAGUGGAAGGUGGAGAUAGACACGGAGACAGGUUCGGAGGUGUUGUACCGCGUGGAGAACAGCGGGGAUUCGAACCGUUCGAGCUCGAGGGAGGGGGGCUCGUCCCGCGGUGGAGUGGAAAGAGAUUUCGCGAGAUUCCCCCCGGUGCGGCAAAAGGAGAGGAAGACACCUUUCUCGGGGGGCGUCAAGUCCCCCUCGUUAAGAAGGAAGGAGGAGAAAACCGUUCGAUCACCGAUCGCGUAUCCGCCCGAAAAGGACGAGCGAGUAAUAUUCCCGAAGGUACAGAGAAAGGAGAUCGGGAAUCAGAUAAACAUUUGCGAUUGCUCGAAGGAAAUAUCCCCGAAUAAUUGGUCCAAAUGCGAGAAAAGUGUGGGCGAGUGUUCGAUCGCCGAGAACGGAGAAUUAGGACAAGAUGCGAUAUUGGAGAAUUCCGAGGCGCGAGAUCGAAGAACGAACUUGGAAAACUCGGAGAAUAAUUUUAAUUCGGACGUGAUCGAGUCGUCGACGAGUCAAUUGAACACGAAUCUGGAAACGGACGAUACCGCGAUGAAAGACGUGGACAGUUUGAGGAAUAACGGGGAGGAGGAGGAAGAGGAGAACGAGAACGAGGAGGUUCAAGAAAUCUAUUCGGCCAAGGAUUUCGAUUGCGACAGCGAUAACAGCGUGGAGAAUCGGGUGCAGGAGACGAUGAACGAGGCGAAAUGUUCGAAGAAGAAAACGGAAGAGAAAACGGCGACGAGGCAAACGCUUCCGAGUUUGCGAUCGAUCAUUUUGUCCGAGUCGUGCGUGAAACUGAGCCAACGCGUUCAAAUGGAGGAUUCGUCGGUGUCGAAUCGAUCGACAGCCCUGAAAUCCCGCCGGUCGAAAAGGGUAGAGAUAGAGAAUAGAAUUCGGGAGAACCAGGUCGAGACCGUGGAAGUGGAGACCAUCGAGGAGAUAGGAACGAGGAAUAGAAGUAUCAAAUUUCGAAUAUUGCCGGAGAUAAAGGGGACAGGUGUGCUCGCGAAGAGGAGCUACGACGAUAAAGAGAGAAGCGAUCCUCAAACGUAUUGGGAGAAAGCGUCGAAAGCAACGAGGAAUCGUUUGAUCAAUCUCGAUCCGCCGUAUCAGGGGGCGAGCAGGUUUCUUAAGAGAAAUCCAAAAGUUCAUAUCCUUCCCCCCGUUCCAAGUAGCUCUUCCUUGGUUAAUCGCAGGAAUAUAAAACUGCCAUUACAUCCCGUAUGGAGCAAUUAUGUGCGCAGAAGACCGGAUUUUAAUCUCUUACUUAGCAGUAGAACCGGAAAGGAUUACGAUCCUUUCCUAUUGGCGGAGCAACAGAUGAACGAUCUGCUCUCAGACACCAGCGAGCAAUCCGUGGCGGAUAGCUGUCCAUCGAUCGAGCAAAAUUCCCGCCAAAAAUCAUUCCCUCUCUCUCAUUCCUCGGCAUUCAUCAAAUAUCCUUGCCAAUCCUCGCCCAAUCCUUCGAGAAACGUCGGCCUCGAGAAACGUUCCUCCUCGAUGCUUCCCCCAACCGAACUCGAUGACAUCACCUCGGACUUCUCGAGCGAUUCCACCGAGACGAAUUCGUUGUCCCGGGAGCUUCUUUUCUCUCUCAAGGAUGAGAAAGAACGGACGAAAGAUUCGAGAGGAACGAAUCCAGAGAAGAGAUCCCCGGUCAGGGAAUUGGGUAGACGGGUGAUCAUCGAUAAAUCGAAAGCGUUGGGGGGGGACGAGUUGGUCGAGGAGGGGAACAAAAGCGUGGUGGCCGAGGCUCGUAAAAUCGUGGAGCCUAGAGCGUCGGUAAAGAUGAUCCGUCCUAUCGUCGAUCGUUCCCUGUCCGUUCGCGCCUCUUCCGCGCCCAAGGCUGGCCAAGAACGCGGGAAAAAUUCCGUCCCCAAAAUCCAUUCCCAAAACGAGAAUGUAUUACCGUCACGUAAAAAUAAGAAUUCGAACGGGAGGAAUAAUAAUUACCCUUUGAAUCUUUCGAGCAGCAACCUGAGCCUUAGCUCGAUAAUAUCCUCGGACGUGGACAUGAAACGAUCGAAUUCAGUGUUCGACGAGUUGAUGACCUCGUUCGAGGAAGAUGAGAAUGGUUCGUUCGUUCCAUCCUUGAAAUCCCUUCUGAAAACCGAUUCCUUGUCCAGCCCGGUCCACGCGUCCAGACAUCGCAACGGCCGUAUCAGCGACGAGGAACUGUCUUCGCCCGAGAGCUACAAGAGGCAGGAUCACAAUAAAAUGAGCGGAGAUUCCGCUUACAGCAGUUUAAAUCGCAAAUAUUCACACCACGGACGCAGCACCAACGACGUAGCCGGACGUUUCGACGAGGAUACGUCGAGGAACAACCGUCGUGACGGGGACGGUGGUGGGGGGAUCCACGUGGUCAAGUGCAAGAUGUCCAAGUAUUGCCAUCAGUGCGGCUUCAAAUUCCCCGAAACCGCCAAAUUUUGUUGCGAAUGCGGCAUCAGGAGGCUCGUGCUCUGAAACUUCCGGCUGGUCGACAGCCAUGAACGACUUCAAAGAAGAAGCGAUCAACUUCGAGUAAAUUGUCAAACAAUCUUCGAUCGUAGACAUUUUCUUUUUUUCUUUUUUUUUUUUUCUUCUUUUUCUUCUUCUUAGACAAAAGGCAAAAAAACUUCAAAACUUUAAAAUUGCAGAUUAGAUGAUAGAACGAUUCGAAUGUAAACACAAGGUUCAAGAACAAAUGCAAAUGUCGAAGCACGGAUGAUGAUAAAAAAAAAAAAAAAUAUCGGCACACGAAGGAAUUGAAAAGAAGAGUUUAUUUUUAAAUAUUCGUGGAACUAUUUAGAGAAGAGAAGAAUUUUAUUCUUGCAGUUUAGAAUUCAAAGCUAUGUAUUUAUCUACGUAUACUCUAGUCACAUGUUUGGUCUAUUGGUGAAAUUUAAGAGAAGAAGUUUUAAAAAAAAAAGAAAUGAUGAAAUUUAUCUGGUAUAUCAGGGAACACGAGGAACCAGAAAUCUGUCAAACAAGAGAUAGCUGAGAUUUCUAUUACAUAUAUAUUUUUUGAUUAGCAAGAGAGAGGAUUAGAUUUUAAAAAUUUAAUUGGUUCAAGAUUUCACAUUCUUCCAAUAUUCAGAAUCAAACUUGUUCUAUGUGAAGAUUCGUAUGAAACAUUGGUACGAAAAUCGAAUAAGAACGAAUGAUAAAAGUUGCAGAACGUAAUACAAUGAUAUUGUUCAUAAUUAUUCGAAUUAUUUUAUGUAAAUCGCGUAAAAUCUAUAAUAUUUUAUAUUUAUUGGAAUAUAUGAUAAAAUAUGAAAAAUUUGCACGAAUAUAUGUGUACGUAAGAUCUAAAUUGUAAAUUUGAAUCAAUAAGAAAAAUCCUUGGCUGUAAGAAUUAUCAGAUUUAUUCACGUAAUAAUUUCUGGUACUAAAUUCUGAUUGAUGGAAUAAUCGAUUAUUCGAAUAAUUGUGAACAAUCGAUUAUUGUACAGCAUUACGAACGGAUAUAUUUUAUUGAAAUUUCAUUAAUUUAUUAAGCGUAUGCGUUAUUGAAAGAGAACUUUACGUUUGCUUUUUGUUGAAAAACAAGUACUUAACGCGAAAGGACGGAAAUGAUAAUUUUAUAGUAGCGUUCUCGGUUACAUUGUUCAUUGUUGGUAAUAUUACUUACGCCUCUUUUUACUCAUUCAAUUUUACGUCUGUGAACAAAAGCGAUAUAUUAAAAUCCGUCUUCUUUUUCCUUAUUCUAUUUGUCCUCGAAUAACAAUUUUUUUAUGCUUUUUAUAUACGCGAAUGGGCACGAACGAAGAAGAAAAAUGAAGAUGAAAAUCGAAUCACGUAUUUUAUAAGUGUGUGUGUAACAAAACGAUCGUAGCGUAAGUUUAAAGAAAGUAUUUAUUAGAAAUAGAUGAAUUGCUAGUACAAUUUUCGCGCUCGAAUAACAAUCGGUUAAAUCUAAAAUUGCUAAAGUUAACAAAUUACGGGUGAGUAACCAAAUGCACCGUUUUUUUUUUUUUUAAUAUAAUAACAAAAUAAAUAACAACGUAAGAUUUUUAUUAAAAGAAGAAUGAAAGCUGAAUAAUAGCCGCUACAAAAUCUGCCGAAAUAACGUUUAAUAUUCUAUUGAUGAAAGCGAUUCGUUACUACUUAUCCAUUCUCUGGUGUCCAACGAAUACCAAAGUGAAAAAUCGAACCGAUUAGCAAAGAGAUAUAAACCAAACUAAUUGUAUACUAUCCUAAUAACGUAACAAAUUGUCUAUGUUUUGAACUGUAUUUUUGCAAGUGCAAUAAAGUUAUGCUUGUACAAAA